UUCGGCCAUCCAUCGUCAGAUGCAAGUCCUCUCCGUCCCGUAGACUGAGUUGUUGUCUGGUGCGGGCGGCACCAUGGUCCUCGCUGUGCAUCUACUGGCGUGUAUAUUCGGCAUGGGCUCAUGGAUCGCCAUCAAUGGGCUUUGGGUGGAGUUGCCACUCAUUGUCAACGUGUUGCCUGAAGGUUGGGACCUACCCUCCUACCUCACCAUCAUCAUCCAGCUGGCCAACGUGGGGCCUCUGUCCGUCACCCUCAUGCACAAGUUUGCACCGGGGAAGUUGAAGGAGAUCGUCGCCAUCUAUGUCAUCCUGAGCAUCGGCCUCUUGGCCAGCUUGUUGUUGGUCUUCUUGUGGAAGGAAACAACACUCCUGGCGGGCAAACUCCACAGCACAGCCUUUCUGAUAUUGACCUUUUUCUUAUCCCUGGUGGACUGCACGUCCUCAGUGACCUUCCUCCCCUUCAUGAUGAGGCUCCACACAAGGUACAUGACCACUUACUUCAUUGGGGAGGGCCUGAGUGGUUUUGUCCCGGGUCUGGUGGCAAUCGGCCAGGGGGCCGGGAUGAUCAAGUGCGUCAACAUCUCGAAGGCGGACAACGGGACCACCGGUAACCUCACCGCUGGCGCCGGCCUCCACCAGGUGGAAACACACUACGUGCAGGCCAACUUCACCACCGAGACCUUCCUGGUCUUCCUCAUGGUCAUGAUGGUCGUCUGCCUGGUGGCUUUUGUUCUCCUCACUCGUGUGGCCCUGCUACCCCGCGGGAGGCCCAGCGACGAGCAAACCUCCGCUCGAGUAGCGCCCGUAUCCACCGUCGAACGGGAAAUGGGCAAAUACGUCCCCAAGGGACCAGGUGAUGUCCAAGACCCCAGUCUGAUGAACCUUCAGAAGCAGGCGGCCAAUUCUAAGCUGGUAGUGGAAACACAAAGCCUGACAGCGACAAAGCUCAGUGGGUAUUCCAGGCACCAGCUUCUGUUCCUCUACCUACUGGUGCUCUGGGUGAAUUCAUUGACCAACGGGUUCCUUCCCUCAGUGCAGAGCUAUUCGUGUUUGCCCUAUGGUAACACCGCCUACCAUCUCUCUGCUGCCUUAAGCUCCAUGGCUAAUCCCAUCGCCUGCGUCAUCGCUUUGAUCCUGCCCAACAGGUCCUUGGUGCUGUUGGCGUUCCUGUCUGUGCUGGGAACGAUGUUUGGUGCCUAUAACAUGGCAAUGGCCGCUCUGAGUCCCUGCCCUUUACUCGAGCACUCCUCAGCGGGCUCUGCCCUCAUCGUCCUAUCAUGGAUUUUAUUUACUGGGACCCUGUCCUAUGUCAAGGUGAUGACUGGAAUAAUUUUCCGGGAUGAGAGCUACAGCGCCCUGGUGUGGUGUGGAGCUGCAGUGCAGCUUGGCUCCAUGAUUGGAGCAUUGACCAUGUUUCCACUUGUGAAUGUGUAUGAGAUCUUCCAAGCAGGGGACAGCUGCACCACGAACUGCCCCCCCUGACCAAAAACACGGAGAGGUCAGCGAUCCCAGCGGUGAAGGCAGAGCAGUGAACUAUUCCUGCCGCCCACAAACUGACUGUACCUUCGGGACAACGGACUUUACUGUUUCCGAGAGAAACCUCACCGCCUCCUUUGGUCCCAUCCAUUGUUUUUUUACUUGUCCAGUUGCUAACCCAGAAGCCAAAGUCGCUGGAAAUCUCAAUUUUUUUAA